CAUGCUUCGUGCACGGGAUUGUCCAUAAAGCUCUAAUAAAUACUAAAGCCAAACAACCCAUCCCCCACAUAGCAUCUACUUGUAUAGUUGUAUUUUCUCUCCCUAUUUCCCAAAGUUGCCAAUUUUUCUCCAUUUUCAAUCAAUCAAAUUUGUGAAAAAAUUUAAUAUGGAUGGUGAUGGUCAAUUAGUUCCACAAGGACUAACAAAAGAAGAAUUUGCUCAAUUGGAGCCAUUGAUUAGAAAUUAUCAUACAUUUGAGGAUUUACCAAACACUUGUACUUCUCUCAUAACGCAACGAAUCGAUGCGCCCGCCGACGUCGUUUGGCCUUUCGUACGACGUUUUGAUAAUCCCGAAAAGUACAAGCACUUCAUCAAAAGCUGCAAGAUCGUGUCAGGUGAUGGAGGGGUUGGAAGCAUAAGAGAAGUCACAGUUGUAUCAGGAAUACCUGCAUCUGCAAGUACAGAACGUCUAGAGAUUUUAGAUGAUGAAAAACAUAUAUUAAGUUUUCGAGUUGUAGGUGGUGAACACAGACUCACAAAUUACAAAUCAGUCACAUCAGUGAAUGAAUUCAACAAAGAUGGAAAAGUAUACACAAUUGUUUUGGAAUCAUACAUUGUUGAUAUUCCACCAGGGAAUACUGGUGAAGACACAAAAAUGUUCACUGAUACUGUUGUGAAAUUGAAUCUACAAAAACUUGCUUUAGUGGCAAUGUCUGCAUUGCAUGGGCACGAAUAAUCGCGGUAAGAGGAGGAUUCAGAAUUUUAAAUUUGAUAUAUCGUACUAAUAAUUAUGGUGUUUAGGGGCAAAAUGCGCUUCCUUUACUUCUAUCAGCAUAGAUAUUGAAUAAGAUUGAUAAUCGUUAUGUAAGUAUAACUGUAUGUACUUAUGUAAUCGUGUGUUCGAUUUAUUUUUUUUUAAAUGUUUGCUGUAAUUUUAGUGAUUCUUGAAAUGUAUAUCUAUUUUUCAUGUGUGAAAUGUAACAUUGCAUCUGAUUCAGAAUUUAAAUUUGAUCGUACUAAUAAUUAUGGUGUUUAGGGGCAAAA